GGUGUAUUAUCCUGCAGAUCCGCAUCCUGCUGUACUCUUGCACUGAGACUCACACGGACUUCAGUCAGAACUCGCAUAUUCUAUAGACCAACACAUUGCGACCUUGACAGGUGCUGCAGGCUGCCGCUUGUGUCGCUCACGCUGCGUAACUGAUCCGAAAAUGGUCCAACCGAGCGUGCUGCGUGAUAGUGGCUGUCUGCAUGAUAUCUUUUUGCGCGCAAGGACUCACGGCUGGCUCUCGGGAGUCUGAUCUUGCUACGGACUGCCUUGCCUUCCAAACACUGCUCGCGAUCAUCGCACAUGUGUCAGCAUGUUUGACGUCGAGGCGGGGCAGCUAGACUUCGGCUCUCAGCCGUGCCUAGGCUAGCCCCAAGAACAAAUACUCGCGUAUGGACAAUCUGUGAUGUAUGAGCUCACUAAGCACUGGAUCAUCCGGUGCGCAUUAUCUAAAAAUCUAGUACUAAAAGCCGUGCGGCGCGCAACUUAAUGCUUGUCGGCAUGAUGGUGAGCACACCCGGGCACGUCUGGGGUGCUUACACGCUGCUCAUGAAUGCCAACCCUCGCUUAACGCGAUUGAGUAGGUCCAUUACAUCGCCGUUCAUCCUGUGACUGACACAUCAAGCAUGAAUCACACCGACGAAAGGGCAUAUAAGGGCAUGGCACAAUCUCCCUGUACAUGCCUUCCUUCACUCUUCCCAGCGGAAUCGUCUUCAGCUACACCGACAGCGGGAUUCCCACAUCGAACAAGACAAACUAUGUCACGCUGGUGCUCAUUCAUGGGAUCAUGUUCAACAACGGGACCUUCCAGUCCUUAGCUGCCCUCGGGCCCUCGAACGGCGUCCGUGUCAUCGCUCCGAAUCGCCGAGAAUACGACGGGUCCACUCCGCAUCCGGACGAGCUCGAUUUGCUCAUGAACGGGAGCGAAGUGGAGAAGGAGGCAUUCAUUGAGGAGAUGGGUCGAGACUUGGCGCUGCUGAUCGCGGGGCUUGUCGAAUCGCUUUCUCUUCCGGGUGGCGUAGCUGUCGCUGGGUGGUCGCUAGGAUCUCUAGCCAUCAUGGCUAUCGUGGCGUCGAUGGAAAGCUUACCUGAAGAUGCGCGCAGGACACUCAGCAGUUCCGUACGAAGCGUUAUCCUCUACCAACCACCCACCGUCGUCUUUGGUAUUCCAAACCCGGAAGGGAUGCACGUGCCCCAGACCGAUCCCGAAGUCCCUCGAGCCGAGAUGGGACCGUUCUUUGCCCGUUGGGCGACGAGCUUCUUCUUGCACGGCGACCUCUCGACCCGCGACCUACGAAAUCUGUCGUACUCCCGCACUGACCCGAAUCGGCCGCCGACCAUCGAAACUAUCCCAAUGGACGGCAUCAUAGACUUGACGGCGGGCGCCAAGGCCGACGCGAUGCUCGUUUCUCCGAGUUUCGCCGCUGCCACUGCAAAACUGGCUGACAAAGCGCUGUUUGAUACGCACGUGCGCGGCCAGCUGUGGAAAGACAGCAAGUUCUAUCUUGUGACCGGUUCGACUGAUGGUUGGAACUCAAUCUACGCCGGGUGGAAGAUCGAAGAGCGGAUGCUGGCGGAAGCGAAGCCCGAGUGCGAGAUCACCUUUGAGUUGGUGGACGGCGCCAAUCACUUCUUCGUCAUGGAGGAGCCGCAGAGGGCACUUGAUUGUUUCAAGCAAUGGUUUGGCCAUUAGCUUGCCUUCACUCUAUAAGAUCGUAGAGAGAACGCCCUCUCCCGAGCUCCAUUAAUGAGAGCGAUGCUGCCUUUCUCUGAUGCCAUUACUUUACUACAUCGUUCUUGAAUUGUUAAUUAUAGAACUAUAACAUUGGUUUGGAGAGUUUGGUCGGGUCAGCUCAUGUUUCUUUCGAUAUUGUGCCUUCUUUAUCACAUUUUGACUGUACACCAAUGCACUAUUGAGUUGAC